ACCUUCGGGAGGGGUGCACGUUCGAUGUAACCCCGAUUUCGUCGUGAUAUAAAUCGUGGCGUCGUAAUAAAAUUGUGUUUUAGUGGAUUUUCACGUAAAAAAUUGACGUUCCCACGUUCAAACUAAACCUGCUAGACCUAUGUAGGUGCCUAUUUAAAAUAAAGUAAUCUAAAUUAAAUGAUAUGUAUUAGAAUAGAAAAUGGACUGCUUCAAUUCAUGGGAACGCUGGUGUAAAGACUAGGAACCCUCAACUGAGUGAUGUCAUAGAAUGUAAUAUGAACUGCUUCAACUCAUUGGAAUUUUGGUGUUAAUGUAAAGACUAAACAAACCCAAAUACAGUGUAAAAUGUGAUGAAGCACAAGAUGUCGUGUUGCUUGGUGUUCCGCUUGCUGGUGCUGUCGGCGCUGGCGGGGGCGGCCGCGGGGGUGCAGGCGGCGCGCGGGCGGAGGGAGCCCUGGACCAACGGCAGCUGGUUCAACAUGGGCCUCAUCGAGUUCAAGGAAUGGUCGAACCAGACGGUGGUAUUCUCCGGAAAAUCACGGGUGUGUGCCCACCUGCGCGGCCUGACUCCGGGCCAGCGGCGCGUGUGCCGCCGACACAAGGACCACAUGCCGGCGGUCGGCGACGGAGUGCUGCGCGGCAUCAGGGAGUGCCAGCACCAGUUCCGGCACAAGCGGUGGAACUGCACCGUCACUGCUGACGAGACUGUCUUUGGGCCCUUGACAUUGAUUGCGUCAAGAGAAACCGCGUUCACCCACGCGAUCACAGCGGCGGGCGUGUCCCUGGAGAUCAGCCGCGCGUGUCGCGACGGACGGCUGGCGUCGUGCGGAUGCAGCCGCGCGGCUCGGCCGCGGCAUUUGCACUCCGACUGGGUGUGGGGCGGCUGUGGGGACAACCUCGAGUAUGGAUACAAAUUCACGGAAGGUUUCGUGGACAUUCGGGAAAGGGAACGCAAAGUGAAAAGAGGCAGCCGCGAACAGGGCAGGCAGCUUAUGAAUAGACACAACAAUGAAGCUGGCAGGCGGGCUGUCAUAAAGAAGUCGCGAGUCACGUGCAAGUGCCACGGCGUGUCCGGCUCCUGCAGCCUCAUCACCUGCUGGCAACAGUUGGCCACAUUCAGAGAGAUCGGAGACUAUCUACGCGAUAAAUAUGAAGGUGCCACGGAGGUGAAGGUGUCUCGACGUGGAAAACUGAGGCUGAGCAACCCAAACUACAGUCUUCCCACUGCUCAAGAUCUUGUAUAUUUGGAGGACUCACCAAAUUACUGCAUUCGAAAUAUUUCUUUGGGUGCACCUGGAACAAUGGGCAGAGAGUGCAACAAAACUUCAGCAGGCAUUGACGGGUGCUCACUAAUGUGCUGCGGACGGGGCUACAACACUAAGAAGAUUGUUGUUAAAGAGAGAUGCGAGUGCAAGUUCCACUGGUGCUGCCGUGUGGAUUGUAAUACUUGUGUUACCACUAUGGAAGUGUAUACUUGUAAAUAAGUCAAUAACGUUUAGAAUAUAAGUAUUUAUUAAAUUGUAUUUGUAGAAAAGCUUUGUAUGUAGUAGGCAAUUAAAAAAUGGUUGUAUUUUUUUUAGGUUAUCAUUUAAUUUUAGAUACUUACCUAUACUUAUAUUUAUUUGAUUACAAAUUAACAUUUAAAGAUCUCAAUUUAAAGUAAGUAUGCUAAGAUAUGAGUACAAGUACUGGGCUCGGUGCUUUUGGAUAAAAAGAAAAUGAUACCGAUAUGUUUUACCAGAUUGUCAAAAUAGGGUUAUGUUUUUCGAGUAUAUGUACGAGUGUGUCAAUCAAAUAAUCAAAUCUUUCUUCUUUAUACUGUGAGUAGUAUAGAUUUAUAUUUACGCUUAAUUCAAUAUAAAUACCUACCAUAUUAUAUACAAUUCGUUUGAUAGAACGUUUAUCAAAUCGGGCGAGUAUUUUCCAUAGUUUCUUGUUGUUAAUUAAUUCUAUUCUAUCAUUAUUAUGAACAUAAUAGUCAUUGUCAUUAUGAAUGCAUUAGGUAAUAAAUACGUGUCAAGUAGAACAAUAACUUCGUAGAAUUUCAAGAUAAUUCCAUUAGAUUCAUUGAUAUUGAUUGAGAUGCUAUUAUUGUUUGUAGAAAAGCUUAGUGAUAAAAUUUCCCAUAAGAUAAGAUUAAAGUUAUUUAUUAGGUAGGUCCCACUCUCACAAGUGCAAAGUUGAAUUGUAAAUAUUUGUCUGAGAUAAUUAAUGUAAACAUCUUUUAGUAUAGGUGCAUAAUAUAAUACGAAUAGGUUUCUAGUAUCUACUAUUAUAGCCAGAAAUACAAAUUUAUUACCGCCUGUUAUUGCUCAUGUAUAUUCCUAGAACACAGAAUACAUAGAAAGGGAUAACUGGAUAAGGCCCAAGAAAGAAUUGGUAUUAGGGAUUGUAAGCAGUUUUGUUUUAAAUGUUUACCUUAUUAUUAAUAAUUAAUUAAUGUUAAAACGAAGUAGGUAGGUAGUUACCUUACAAAACAAAAAGUACUUAUUACUCAGUAAUGUUAAAACAAUAAUUAAAAUUAAAAGAACCAGUUAUUAACAUGUUUGUAGCUUGUAAAAUAUAUCCUAGUAGCCUUUUGGAACAUGCUUUCUGAAUAUUCUGUAUAUGUAUUCAGUAUAGAAAGUGGGUGCAAUGUAGUUCUCUGGUGAUUCUGUGCAAUAUUAUGCAAACUUAUAAAUUUUACUCUUGUAAAUAUAUUUCACACAAUUUUAUGUUAUUCAUAUUUAAAUUCCUUAUAAUUAUUGUGUAUUGUGUAUAUGAUAUAAACGAGUAAUUAUAUUUUCAAAGUAUGUAUAAACUUGAAUAACUAAUCCAUAAUUAGAAUAGGUAGAUUUAAAUUAGUGGUUUACAAGUUUGUCAAUUCUACAAGUUUCAAGCAGUUAUUUCCUAUGCCAGUAAGUGUAUAUUGUUUAUUUAUAUAAAAUUAAAAUGCUAAAGAAGAAUUAAAAAUGGAAAUCUUUUAUUAAGGUACCUACUUAUCCACAAACCGAACAAACGCAAAGUACUG